AUUAAAUUAACGCGAGGAGAAGAACAGUGACGGGAAACUCGUAUUUCUGCACAGGCGCUGUCUUUGGACGCGCGUCAGUGAGGGGGUCCUGAGGCUUAAAUCGGGUGGUGGAGCAGAAAUAUUAGCGACAUCAUGGCGGCGUCCACGCGAGCGCAGGUGAUUUCUCUGUACAGGAGGAUGCUGGCAGAGAGCAAGAAGUUCCCCUCCUACAACUUCAGGACCUAUGCACUGCGGCGGGUGCGUGAUGCCUUCAGGGACAACGGGAAAGUAGAGGAUCCAAAAACUAUAGCGAGACUGAUGGCGGAGGGACAGGAGACACUGGCACUGAUCCAGAGACAGGUCGCCAUCGGGAAGAUGUACGAGUCCCAGAAGCUCGUGGUGGAGGAGUAACACUCUGCUGUGGAGGUGUGUACAGGAGGGAGCGCCGUCCCAGCAAACAGGAUGUGACAUCAUCAUCACCACCAAACAAACCAACCUGCUUCCCCUCCGACCCGAACACUGUUGUUACUCCCAGUCCCCGGGUGGAGGUGUGAAAUGCAUUGUGGGAGAUGUAGGACAGAGUAACGCUGCGAAGUAGCUGAAGUUUCUUUUGAGUUUAGACUUUAAAAUGUUUUAUUGUUUGUGAUUUCAUUGAUGCAACAAUCAGAUUGAGCUGUUUCUGAUCAUCAUGGAUCUGGAUUUUCUACGUCAGCUUCCACUUUCUGAGUCAGCGUUAUGAGUUGUGACCCCGUUAAAAUAACAUUUUCUCCUAUAAUCGAUUCAUUUGUUGGUCUAUAAUGUAUCGGAUAAAGGUGGCAAAUGUCUUGUAACCCAGAGAGAGUUAACGAUCAAAUUUGAGAAGCAUUUAAAGUUACGUUCCAGUUUAUAGAUUAUUGUUUGAGCCUUAUUAUGUGGAAAUGAAUAAAAUUAUAUCACAUUA